AGGCGGAGCCGGCGCGCGCCCGUGACGGCCGGGAGCCGGGAGCGGUCUCACUCGGGCGGACAGGGCGGGGCGGACCGACCGUGCCGGACGUCCGGGAGCAGUCUGUGCAGGGGUCCGCUUGGGAGCUGGUCCUGCAAUCGCCCCGCGAUCGUUCGACCAAGGCUCGGAGCGAUACUAAGCCAGGCUGCUGCAGAUCGGAGCCUCUUAAAGCUGCCUCGGGAACAAGCUCUGGCCAAUGAUGGACGUGGACGCCAUUUUGUCUGAGAUCAACGGCUGGGGGCCGCUACCAGAAGCUGAUGUACUUCGUGCUCUGCCUGCCUUCCAUCGUGGCCGGUGCCGCGGUCAUCAGCCUCUCCUGGGUCGCUUACGACUUGCCUCACAGGUGCCUGGUGUCGGGCUGUGAGGACGCCACUAACGCCACCUACAACGCGCCGUUCCUCAACUUCACCACGCCGCGGCAGUCGGACCCCGCCAAUGCCGACUAUCCGUGGAGCGAGUGCAACACGUUCCAGCACUCGCCGCCCGGCCUAUGUGACGCGUCCGCCUUCGAUAGCUCCCACAAGACGGCCUGCAGCCAGUACGUCUACGACAAGAGCGUCAUGCAUACCAGCGCCGUGUCAGAGUUCUCGCUGACCUGCGGGCGGGAAUGGCUGUCGCCGCUGGCCAACAGCCUCUACAUGGGCGGCAUGCUGGUGGGCUCCCUCGGCUUCGGCUACAUCUCAGACAGGUUCGGCCGUAAAGUGGCCCUGAUGCUGUCACUGUCGGAGUUCGGCCUGGCUAGCCUGGUGACCGCCUUCGCACCCAACUUCGGCACAUUCGCCGCCAUGCGCUUCCUCACCGGCGUCGGCGGCAUGGGCACCUUCAUGAUCACGUUUGUCAUGGCUGUGGAGAUGGUCUCCAACAACGUGCGAACGUUCUGCGGCUUCGUCAUUGAGUUCUUCUUCGCGUUCGGCGAGUGCAUGGUGGGGCUGUUCGCCCUCUUCGUCAAGGACUGGUGGGCGCUGCAGCUGGUCAUCGCCGUCCCCAUCUUCGUCUUCCUCUCCUACUGGCUGUUUGUGCCGGAGUCGCCACGCUGGCUGGCCGCAGAGGGAAGGCAGAAAGAGGCGGAGGAGAUCCUGCGCAAGGUGGCCAAAUUCAACGGCACAGACUUUCCUGAGCACUUGACGAAAAUUCCUGGAAGGGGCUCCGUGGCCGCCGACUCUGCCGCCUCCAAUGCCCGGCCGGCUGCCACCGUGCUUGACCUGCUCAGGUCGCCCGCCCUCCGAUGGAGGACGCUCAUCGUGCUGUACCAAUGGUUCGUCACCGCCAUGGUGUAUUUCGGCCUGGCCAUGAACGCCACCAACCUGGGCGGCAACGUCUACGUCAACUUCGUGCUGGUACAGAUCGUGGACUGGCCGUCGCUCUUCUUCUGCAUCCUGUUGCUAGACCCGUGGGGCCGCAAGCUCUGCACCAGCGUCUCUUUCUUCCUGAGCGGCGCUGGCAGCAUUGCCAGCGGACUGGUGGCCGGCGGCGAAGGAAUGGAGACGCUCACAGUGGGCCUGGCCCUGGUCGGCAAGUUCGGCGCGGCUGCGACGUUCGCCAUCGUGUUCGUGUACGGCGCCGAGCUGUUCCCGACUGACGUGCGGAACAGCGCCAUCGGCAUGUCUUCUGCUUCCGGUCGGAUCGGAUCAAUCCUGGCGCCGUUCAUCGCCAGUCUGGGCACAGAGAGUCAGGUGCUGCCCAUGUCCAUCUUCGGCGUGCUCUCCCUCAUCGCCGGCCUGGUGACGCUGCUGCUGCCGGAGACGUACGGCCAGAACCUGCCCGACAGCAUAGAGGAGGCCGAGAGCUUCGGAAGGGACCAGACCAUCUGCUUUGUGCCCUGUUUGAUUAGCCGGCGUAAGGCACAAGGCUCCGCGUCGGCUCAGUGAGCGGCCAUCUCGGCCGCCUCCCCGCUCCCGAGCCCCGGCGACACCAGAGGAGCGGUCAGUCGCGGCCGCCUUCCCGCUCCCGAGCCCCGGCGACACCGCGGGAGCGUCCAGUUCCGGCCCGCCUCCCCGCGCCGGGGCCCCGGCGACACCACGGGAGCGUACAGUCCCGGCCUCCCCGCGUCCGGGCCCCGGCGACACCACGG